GCGCGCGCUGGUCACUACUUUAACUUUUCCUCACUAACGCGCGCGCGUGUGUGUGUGUGUGUGUGUGUGUGUGUGUGUGUGUUUUUUUUCCUCCUCCGCCUCAGACGGAAAGGUAGCGGAGGCGCAGCGCGCGGCGUGGCGGAUGUUCUCACCUCUCACGAGCGUCUUUAUCAUGGAGAACCGCGUUCUGCUGUCCGUGUCGUUACCGUGAAGCCUCACCGGAGUCAUGUGGAGUUGCACGGGCGCUUUCCUGCACUCGGUUUGCCUCAUUUUGACGUUUUGGUUUGAGGUGUGCCGGGCGUCCGGUUACGUGGAGCUGCGUGUGAUCAGCGUGGAGAACAGGAACGGGGAGCUGGCGAACGGCGGGUGCUGCGGCGGAGAGGGGGACGAGGGGCGGGGCCAGGAGUGCGGCGCUGUGGAGUGCAACACGUAUUUCAAGGCGUGCCUGAAGGAGUACCAGGUGGAGGUCAUGACCUCGGGCCCGUGCACGUACGGAACGGCGAGCUCGGCCGUCGUCGGAGGCAACUCGGUUCGGCUCGAUGGAUUCGGUAAUAACCGAAACAAAGGCAACAACGUUGGGACUUUAAUCAUUCCGUUCCAGUUCGCCUGGCCGCGAGCAUACACACUGAUCCUGGAGGCGUGGAACUGGGACAACAGAACCGUCACUGCUGACAUUGCGGCAGAUGAUGAGCAGCUGAUCGAGCGCAGUGUGUAUCGGGGAGAGAUGAACCCCGGCGACGAGCGUCAGCUGAUCCAGCACCUCGGCCUCACCGCCAGUUUCCAGUACAGCGUGUGUGUGCGCUGCGAUCGCCAUUACUACGGCAACAAGUGCAACAAACUGUGCCGACCCCGCGAUGACCUCUUCGGCCACUACGAGUGCGAUCACCAUGGCAACGUGCAGUGUUUGGAGGGCUGGACCGGACCCGACUGCAAGAAAGCGGUCUGUAAGCAGGGCUGCAGUGAGCUGCACGGAAGCUGCGCCGCCCCGGGACAGUGCACGUGUAGUUACGGCUGGCAGGGUCCUUUGUGUGACGAGUGUGUGCCGUACCCGGGCUGCGUUCACGGCACGUGUGUGAAGAAGUGGGAGUGUAUCUGUGAGAAGAACUGGGGCGGGCUGCUCUGCGACAAAGACCUGAAUUACUGCGGGACUCACCGGCCGUGUGUAAACGGAGGGACGUGUAUGAACACCGAGCCGGACGAGUACCGCUGCGUUUGUCCCAACGGCUACUCGGGCAAGAACUGUGAGAUAGUGGAACACGCGUGUAUGUCCAACCCAUGCGCCAACGGCGGGACAUGCCACGAGAUUGUAUCAGGAUUCGAAUGCCACUGUCCAUCAGGGUGGUCAGGGACGACCUGCGCCAAAGACAAAGAUGAGUGCAUGUCCAGUCCGUGUGCACAUGGAGGAACCUGCAUCGAUCAGGACAACGGCUUCAAGUGUGUCUGUCCACCACAAUGGACGGGAAAAACCUGCCAGAUAGACGUGAAUGAGUGUGUGAAGAGGCCUUGUGCAAACUCUUACUCGUGUAAAAAUCUGAUUGGUGGAUAUCACUGUGCCUGCUAUCCAGGGUGGGCGGGACCAAACUGUGACAUCAACAUUCGCACGUGUUACGGCCAGUGUCAGAACGGCGGCACGUGUACGGACGGGCGUCACGGCUACGUGUGUCAGUGCCAGCCGGGGUUUGUGGGUAAGCACUGUGAGGUGCAGCAGAGUGUGUGUGUGAGCUCGCCGUGUCAGAACGGCGGUCAGUGUCACGCCACACACACCACCUACGAGUGUCAGUGUGUGAGCGGAUACACAGGGACACACUGCGAGGUGCAGGUGGACCCGUGUGUUCCUAACCCGUGUGUAAACAAAGCUGAGUGCCACGCCCUGCAGUCAGGGUUCUACUGUGAGUGUGCUGAUGGUUAUGAGGGCAGAACCUGCGCCGAGCUGACGGACCACUGCAAGAUCAGUUCGUGCCAAGUGAUUGACAGCUGCACCAUUUCCGUGGCGAACAACUCCAGCAAGGAAGGGGCGUGGCACAUUUCAUCCAACGUGUGCGGCCCGCACGGUCGCUGUAUCAGCCAAUCAGGAGGCAACUUUACCUGCGCCUGCCUGCCAGGGUUUACAGGGACCUACUGUCACGAGAAUGUUAAUGACUGCGCUCCGUCUCCGUGUGUGAACGGGGGAACGUGUUUAGAUGGCAUUAACUCGUUCAGCUGUGUCUGCCGUAACGGAUGGGAGGGUCAGCUCUGUGAACGCGAGGUGAACGAGUGUGAGUCUGAGCCGUGUAUGAAUGGUGGUCUCUGUGUCGACCUGCUCAACGACUUUUACUGCCACUGCGCGGACAACUGGAAGGGCAAGACCUGUCAAUCACGAGAGAGUCAGUGUGACUCCACCACGUGUUUGAACGGUGGAACCUGCUUUGAUCACGGAGACUCGUAUCGCUGUGUGUGUCCACCUGGUUUCGGAGGCAGCACCUGUAACUCAGCGAUGAACAGCACGUGCGACUCUCAGCCGUGCGCUAACGGGGGGACGUGUGUCGGAGGGGGCGGAGCUUUCACCUGCAUCUGCAAGGAUGGGUGGGAGGGGCCUACUUGUACUGAGGAUGUUGAUGACUGUAAUCCUCAUCCAUGUUAUAACGGAGGUGAGUGUGUGGACGGAGUGAACUGGUUCCGGUGUCAGUGCGCUCCUGGGUUUGCCGGCCCCGACUGUCGCAUCAACGUGGACGAGUGUCAGUCGUCUCCCUGCUCGUACGGAGCCACGUGUGUGGACGAGAUUAACGGUUAUCGGUGUGUGUGUCCUGUGGGCCGAGCUGGAUCACGCUGUCAGGAGUUUAUCGGUGUUGGUAAGGUGUGUCAGCACUCGGGCGUGUCCGUUCCUCACGGCAGUCGCUGGGAAGACGACUGUAACGGCUGUCAGUGUAUGAACGGAAAUAUCAAGUGCACCAAAGUGCAUUGCGGCGGUCGGUCCUGUCUGCUCGACUCUCAGGACCCUGAGUGUGCUGGAGGUCAGGAGUGCAUGCCGCAUCACUUCCUGUUUUGUCUCCACCCACCGUGCCAGCAGUGGGGCGUGUGCUCCGAUCCCGAUCCUUCACCAGUCAGCACCGAAUGUCAGCCCAACACCGAUUACACGAGCAGCGACUGUGCGCGCGUCACCCUCGUGUUCGAUACAGACAGCGUGCCUCCGGGAACAACUGUCGAAGGAAUCUGUUCUGAACUCAGAUAUCUCCCAAUCACGCGAACCCUUGCCCGAGACCGCACCCUCUUUAUUCUCUGUGACCAAUCACAAUCGAGCAGCAACGCUGUGGAGGUUGCCAUGUCGUUUGAACAGACUGCAGCGUUUGAGGAGCACGCAGACAUACAGGAAGUAGUCAGCUCCAUCAUCAGCGUCCUCUCCAAACGCCACAACAGCACGCUGCUGCUGGCCAUCCGAGAGGUCAAAGUUGAAACGCAGGUCAUGCCCACAUCGCUGGAUUACCUGGUCCCGCUGCUGUGUGUGUUGUUCUCCGUGUUGUGGAUCUCCUGCACGGUGGUGUGUGUCUGCUGGAUCCGCAAGCGCAGGAAAGAAAGAGAACGCGUCGACGCGCCAGUGGAGGAGAGCAUCAAUAACCAGCGAGGGGCAUUUCUGAGCAUUCAGUCCUCUUACAGAGAGGACAGGAAGAGUGUAACGUAUCCGCUGGACAGGAUCGGAGACGGAGCGGAGAGACAGGACGAAGAGGAGGACGACGACAGAGAGGAAGAAGGGAGCCCAGGGCUGGUGGUGGAUAAGUGCCCUUCCUUAAAGUACACUAAAGGGGAGGUAGUGUACACCGUUUGCACCGCAGCCCAGACACAUCCUUUAAGGACGCACUACAGCGCCAAAGACAACCGGUGUAAAGACGUGAACCGGAGUGAGCGAGUCUCCGAUUGCUACAUAUGAACAAAACUGUCUGGAGCUAAUCCAGAUUUUUCACACUCUUCUAUUUCUGUUUACACUUGUGUCAUUAUUUGCAUUUUGUUUUUGUUUUUUUAAAUAAAAAUGGACCUGUCUCUAUGGACGCGGCGGGAAAUUUGGUUGAAGGUGAAUCUAGAAACGGCAGCUCGGAUUUUGAUUUGUAGUUUUGGAUUUUCUUUGAGUCGUGACGUGUGUGAAACGUGUGUAAUACGCGCCAUUAGCGUAUUUUCCGGACUAUAAGAUGCGUUCAUUCCUCUGGUAAAUGCUGGUGCAACGUUUACAGCAAAGUGAUGUUUGUAUUACCGUUUUUACGUUAGCAUAUUGUUACCAUCUUUUUUUUAAAUAACGUAAAUAUACCAUUAAAACUAACUACAAGGAUUGGGCAAUAUGGCAGAAAUAUUAUAUCACAGUACUUGCUUCGUGAGACACAGUGUCUCACGCAUGAAACAUUUUAUUUUCAUCAUUUAUCAUUUAUUUUAUCACAACAUGGCUUUAAAAUUGCUGAUAAAAACUAUAAGUUCAAUAGUAUUACUCAUAAGAAAUAUUCAUAAUUUUAAUUUUUGCUGUAUUUUUGCAAAUAUGUUUUUCAAAAGAAACAACACUAAGUGAAAUAAAAAACAUUUCCACCAGUAAGCAAUGACACUAACUUUAGGUCAAUUUAAGUAAUUAAGCAUAAAAUAAAAAGUAGUUCUACUAAGUUUAGGGAAUUUUUCCCCUAUAAAACUGACAAAAAAAUUCCCAGCAAUAUAAAGUGACACUAAUUUCUAAAUUAAGUAAUUAAAAAAAAUCAUAAAACUUUAACAAGAAACUGAAGGCAAAAAAAAAAAUCUACAAUAGAGAACUAUAAGAAGAAGCUACACAGAACAUUAGUGUGCUGUUUAUUUCUUUUUUUUAAAGUAACAGGAAGUCGUUUAGGGAUAUAGAGGUAUCAUAGCUGCAAUAUAUUUAAGAAAAUGUAUCGUGAUGUUGCAAUAUUGAUAACGUAUCAUUGUAUCAUCUACCACUAAGUGAGAAAUAAAGUGAAAUCACGCGCUUGGGUAAUUAUGACGCCAGCAAAAAUACAGAAAUCACCAAACUGAUGCUAAAUCAGUAAAAUAAUAGUUAAAUGCUGACACUGAAUAUUAUUUUAUUACAUUAUUUUUAUAUGAUUUUUUUAUAUUAAGUUACUGAAUAACUUUAUAUGAUCAAUCCAGACGAGUUGUUAAAUGUUAUUUUUUGAAGAAAGCUGGUUGUAAUCUUUAAUAAAAAUUAUGUACAUUAAUGUAACUUGUGCAACAAGGCAUCUGCUGUUUACUGAUCUUAUCUCUAAUCAGACAGAAUGUGUGUGGGGUUUUAUGGUUUAUGUUUUAUAUCCUGGAACAAUCUAUAGUCCGGAAAAUACAGUACACGGAGGUGAUUAGAUGAAAAGUGAACGGCUUAACCCUUCAAUCAUUCAUUGUUCAUCUCAUCAUUUGUGUGUAAUAAAUGCUUAAAGUGUGUAAAGUUUCAUUUCUACACUGUAUGACGUUUCCGUUUUUCAAGUUCGCCACCGGUUUUGACAGAAAGUGGGAAAUGUUUUUGCUUUUUACAGAUUCACAGAGAAAGACUAAAAUAAAUGUAAAAAAAAAAAAUGAUAAAAAAAGUGUAAGAAAAAAAAAUACAUGUGUACAUGUGUAAAUAGGAAAGAGUUAUAGCUGUGUAUAUUUGAGUUUAGUAACUUAAGAGACUUUUUUAUUUUUAUUAUUAUUAUUAUUAUUAUUAUUAUUUCUGUCAAAUAUUUUUGCUCCAUUUUUCUUUGUUAAUAUUCUCAUUCCUAUUAUUUAUGUUGGCUAAUAUAUAUAUAUAUAUAUAUAUAUAUAUAUAUAUAUAUAUAUAUAUAUAUAUAUAUAAAUCCCUAGAGUGCUUACGAUCAUGAUGUUUGUGUUCUUUGUUUUGCUCUGAAGUCUGUAAUCAGAAAUCUGUAGGACUUUGUGGAAAGAAUUUGUUCAAAUGAAAACAUUUUACUUCACAAAUCAGUCUGUUUCCUGUUUUGAAAGGAUAUAUCACUUCAAGUAUUUGAUGACUUCUUUUUCCUCCUGGGCACUAGAAGGUGAUUUUUUUUCCAGAAAUUAUGGAGCUGUUGGGGUUUUACUUUUUAUUUUGUGAGACAUUUUGGAAUCAUAAGUGGAUCAGCAUUUCAUGACAUUAAAAGAACUUGUAAUAAUAAAGAGAGACAGAAUUUUGUUUCAUUUUUAAAAAAUGAAAAUAAAAAUGCUAAACAAUUA